ACGACUUGAUUCCUGAUUCAAACUAUUCUCUGGAGAUUCAGCCAUCACUGUACGGAGAAAAAAUGCCUCAUGUUUUCACAAGGCAUUUUUAUACGCUCUCAGAAAAGAGUUCAACCAAUGAUGAGAUUUCAAUCCUCCGCAUCGUCAUUAGCGUCGCUGUGUCGGUUGCAUUGGUGGUGUUAAUUGUUAUCGCACUUGUGACGAUUUGUGUUGUUCGCUCCUGCAACAGUCACAACACCGAGGCUGCUGAGAAACCAGUAACUGAAUACGACAGUCCAGACUUCCAGAAUUACGACUAUACAGAGGCAAUGGCGGACAACGAGACCGAUAAUGCGGAGAACCCCUAUAACGAGUACAGGGCUGCAGGUAAUUCUGAAGAACCAUCCGUGGUUUGCAACCCAGUGAUGAUCAGCGGCAUAGAGAGCCACUAUGAGAUGAGGGAACCCACAUUGGACUAGUGCCAUUGAAACAACAAUGCGUAGAACUGGGGAACUUGGGUUCAGAUUACAUUAAUCAAAAAUCUGAUGCUGACACACUGUAGCUUUGAUGGAAUGAGUAGCUCAAA